AGAAACAUAUAGUGAAAACAUGGGGAAUACAGCUAAUACGAAUUUAUAAACGUUGUUCAAAAACAGGGUUUGAAGGAUGACGUGUAUGUACGGGUCCUUCGGACUUCCGGGUGUGUAUAAACAGACAGCAAAGGGAGUUAACUCGCUCUAAAGAUGUCUAAAGUAACGUUUAAAAUCACGCUGACGUCGGAUCCCCGGCUACCAUACAAAGUAUUAAGUGUCCCAGAGAGCACGCCGUUCACAGCAGUGUUGAAGUUUGCAGCUGAGGAGUUCAAAGUGCCGCCAGCAACCACUGCAAUUAUAACAAACGAUGGCAUAGGAAUCAACCCUGCUCAGACAGCAGGGAACGUGUUUCUAAAACAUGGCUCAGAGCUUCGCAUCAUUCCCAGAGACAGAGUGGGAGGACAAGGAGACCGAUGCUGCUUUUUUUCUCGUUGACGGCAUAAUGACUCACCCGGCAGAAUCAUAUAACACUUGAGACCCAGGAAACACCUCAACGUGUGUCAUGUAUUUAUUUUCUGGCCCAAAACUGACAGUGACUCACAUGAGAGUAUGGAUAUAUUUAAACUUGAUGAGGACAUGCACUCACUCUUGCAUGCUCCCUGCUUCCUCAUUUUUUCCCACUCACUCUAUUUUGAUCAAAAGAUUAAAGUGACAUCAAAACUUCCCCGAGGUGCUGAUUAAUUAAUAAAUACACACACAGAAAUGCAUCCUGGGAAAAUUUUUAGCUUAGAUUAACAAACAAAUGAGUCAGUCAGAGCUUUUGUAUGUUUGUAAAUGAAAAUAAAUCAUCAGUAUAACCAUCAAAAAAUAGUUUUUUUGUUUUGUUUUGUUUUGUUUGCCUAUGUCUUAAUCAGCACCAUUGAUAUUUUUAAAACUGUACAACAAGCUUGAAACAAAUCAUUGUUUUAGGUGUCUGUUUAAAUGUAAAAUGUAUGCUUUUCAAGUCAAACAUUAGCAUAAUAAAAAUAAAUAUGCACCUGAAUCUAGA